AUGGCAACAGCGAAUAAAGAUCAGAAGGCCAAGCCCAGCGCCCUCCGCUCCAUCCUUGCGGGGUCCACUGCUGGAGCCGUGGAGAUCGCAAUCACCUAUCCUGCUGAAUUCGCAAAGACCCGGACGCAACUCAAUCGCCAACUUGCCCACGGCAAGAAGCUCCCGUGGCCGCCAUUCGGAAGCCAGUGGUACGCAGGAUGUACAACACUGAUCAUUGGGAACUCGCUUAAGGCGGGUAUUCGAUUCGUCGCUUUCGAUGCCAUCAAGUCCGUUCUCCAGGAUGAGAACGGCAAGAUUUCGGGACCAAGGACGGUCGUGGCUGGCUUUGGUGCUGGAUUCACCGAGUCUCUUCUAGCCGUCACCCCCUUUGAGAGCAUCAAGACUCAACUGAUUGAUGACCGCAAGUCUGGCAACCCUCGCAUGCGCGGUUUUUUGCACGGUAGCAAAAUCAUCUUCCAAGAGAGAGGUGUUCGAGGCUUCUUCCAGGGCUUCGUCCCCACCACAGCAAGACAGGCUGCUAAUUCAGCUACCCGGUUCACGGCUUAUACGACAUUGAAGCAACUUGCAGAGGGCUAUGUUGCGCCGGGCGAGAAGCUGGGUACUGCCAGUACAUUUGCUAUCGGAGGAAUCGCGGGUUUGAUCACUGUCUAUGUGACGCAACCCCUGGACACGGUGAAGACAAGAAUGCAAUCUCUUGAGGCCAGCAAGAACUACAAGAACAGCUUUGUCUGUGCAGCUAGAAUCUUCAAGGAUGAGGGUAUUUUGACUUUUUGGUCAGGAGCUGUUCCACGACUCGCGAGAUUGAUCAUGAGUGGAGGAAUUGUGUUCACCAUGUAUGAGAAAGCUAUGGAUCUACUGGAUAUCGCAGACCCAGAGCGGAAGUAUCUCUAG